CGUCGAUAGAUGGCGUGACGCAGAAAAAUACUUAUAUAAACUGCUGUUGACCACGUUAACGGUCUCUUUCAACUUCCAACCAUCGUGCAAGUAUUUGUUAGCUAAGUCCCGUGUCCCGAAAAAAGUCGCAUCAUGAGCAAACCAGCGUACAAAGUUGCUGACAUCUCUUUGGCCGAGUUUGGUCGCAAAGAAAUCAUCCUCGCCGAAAAUGAAAUGCCAGGAUUGAUGGCCAUUCGCAAGAAGUAUGGUCCUUCGAAGCCGCUAAAAGAUGCGCGUAUCGCGGGCUGCCUUCACAUGACUGUUCAGACUGCUGUUCUCAUGGAAACCCUCAUUGAACUUGGUGCUAAGGUAACAUGGUCAAGCUGCAAUAUCUUCAGUACACAAGACCAUGCAGCUGCUGCAAUGGCUGCAGCUGGGAUCCCAGUCUAUGCCUGGAAAGGUGAGACUGAUGAGGAAUACAUCUGGUGUGUAGAACAGACCAUCUUUUUUCCCGAUGGACAGCCAUUGAACAUGAUCCUGGAUGAUGGUGGUGAUCUUACCAACUUGGUGCACGACAAAUAUCCCCAACUGUUGGAUGGCAUCAAGGGCAUCUCUGAAGAAACCACAACUGGAGUUCUCAACUUGUACAAGAGGGUCAAGAAUGGAACAUUGAAAGUGCCAACAUUCAAUGUCAAUGACUCUGUCACAAAGAGCAAAUUCGACAACUUGUACGGAUGCCGCGAAUCUCUUACUGAUGGUAUCAAGCGAGCCACCGAUGUUAUGAUUGCUGGAAAGACCUGCGUCGUUGCUGGUUAUGGUGAUGUCGGCAAAGGAUCUGCCCAGUCACUGAGGGCUUUCGGUGCUCGCGUUCUGAUCACCGAAGUCGAUCCCAUCAACGCACUCCAAGCGUCGAUGGAGGGAUACGAAGUGGUUACCAUGGAUGAAGCUGCCUCCAAAGCGCAAAUUUUCGUCACUGCCACAGGUUGCAAGAAUAUCAUCCGCGCUCAGCACUUCACCGCCAUGAGAGACGAUGCCAUCGUCUGCAACAUUGGACACUUUGACUGCGAAAUCGAUGUCAAAUGGCUGGAGGCCAACGCUGUGGAGAAGAUCACUGUCAAGCCACAGGUUGAUCGUUACCGUUUAGCCAACGGCAACCACAUCAUCCUUCUGGCUGAAGGAAGGUUGGUUAACCUUGGCUGUGCCAUGGGCCAUCCUUCUUUCGUCAUGAGCUGCUCGUUCUCGAAUCAGACUCUAGCCCAGAUUGAACUAUGGACUAAGCCUGGCCAGUAUCCCGUUGGAGUGCACAUCCUCCCCAAGAAGUUGGACGAAGAAGUCGCCGCUCUGCACUUGGAGAAACUUGGCGUCAAACUAACUGUUUUAGAGGAGGACCAGGCCAGUUACUUGGGCAUCCACCAUGAGGGUCCUUACAAGCCGGAUCACUACCGAUAUUAAAGCAAAUUUAAAUCGUUGUUUUAAUUAAACAAACCCCUUGUUUUUCUGUUAAUUUUUUACGGUUCUCAGCUCGAUCUGUUCCGUAUAUUACCGCGCGUCAAAUAUACAAACCAGUUUCUUUCGA